AUGAUGAUGAUGAUGAUGAUGAUGAUGAUGAUGAUGAUGAUGAUGAUGAUGAUGAUGAUGAUGAUGAUGAUGAUGAUGAUGAUGAUGAUGAUGAUGAUGAUGAUGAUGAUGAUGAUGAUGAUGAUGAUGAUGAUGAUGAUGAUGAUGAUGAUGAUGAUGAUGAUGAUGAUGAUGAUGAUGAUGAUGAUGAUGAUGAUGAUGAUGAUGAUGAUGAUGAUGAUGAUGAUGAUGAUGAUGAUGAUGAUGAUGAUGACAUUAAUGGAAGUUUCCAAUAAAGAAAUGAAAACACCAGAUUUUGCACUAAUAGUUUACAAGGCUGAUAAUACGUGGAGUGAAUCCGAUUAG